GGCCCCGCUGGGCCACGUGGCAUCUGUCGGGGCAGGAGAGCACCCAUACAAUGGAGGGUGUCAUCAUCAGCGGCGGCGGCAGUAGCAGCGGCAGUAGCAGCGGCAACAGCGGCAGCAUCAUCACCAUCAGCGGCGGCGGCGGCGUCGGCGUCGGGCAACGCAAGCGCCUGCGCGCGAGACGACAACUCUCCGAGCGGGGCCAGCGGAGGAAGCGACCGGGCGGAGGAGGUCGCCGGGGCCGCGGCCAAGGUCAGGGCCGGCGGCGGCAGCGGCAGCAGCAGCAGCAGCAGCGAGUGACAACGCCGAGCCCCGAGCGAGCCCACGGCGGGGCGGACCUCAACACGGCGGCGGCCGAGUGCGUGCUGCAGCAGCUCUUCCUCACGGUGCCCGAGCUGGGCCUGGGCUACGACUCGGACGAGGUGGUGCCCUUCUACUACUGCAGCGGCGCGUGCCACGCACGCCCCACCAACUACGACCUCGUGGUGUCUCACCUGGCACGCACGCGGCGCCAGUCGAUGGGCGGCGUCGACGCUCGCCGCUGCUGCCGCCCGGUGGAGUUCCACGACCUCGCGUUCUUCGACAAGGGGAACCAGCCGCGCGUCGUCAGGAACUUCCUGGCGUCGGCGUGCGCCUGCGUGGGGUGACACGCGU